AUGGACUGGCGGCCAUUCAUCGACGAGUGCCUCUCAGCGCUGCACCCAUCUCCGCUACCCGAAGCGCCGUGCCUGCACGCCUACGCGCACUCGAAGCUACAGGCCGCCCAGCGCUUGACCGAGGCCUACUCGGAGCAUUUCGUACCUGCGGGCAUCGGGCGCGCGGGCGUUGCGCUCCGUGCGGCCGGCUUGCGGCUGAACGACGAGUGGGCGACGGCCGAGAACCUCUACUCACGUGCUUUUGGGGGACACUUGACGCAAGCGCGGCGGUCGCAUCACCACGCGCUGAGCCUCGACGCGGCGCGCUUCGAAAUGGAUGUGCUCGAGCGGGAUCGCCAGCUCGCCCGGCGGCUCGAGCAUGUCUCGGGCGAGCUGCGGGAUAGCGUCGACGCGAUAUUCGACGCCCUCGAAGCGGAGAUGCAAGUCGACGAACUCGGGAUCCUGAUGCACAACAUCAUUGUGUUCCACCUCAGCGUCGCUGCAGAGGUCUACCAUCAGGUCGCGACGUUGCAUCUCGUGGCGGGCAGCGUCAAGGCGCGCGAGCGUACGGAGCGCACAGUGCGCAAGGUGUGCGAGUUUGCCGAGAUCAAACUUGGCGAGUUCCGGCGCAAGCUGCGCACCAUGGCGCGAGAGUGUGGUGAGGACGAAGCUGGCGAUGUGGACAGCGAGACGCUUUCGGAUGAGGCGACGGACGAGGACGGACCACACUCGGAUAUCGAGUCGGUCGAGGGCGAGAGUGCCGGUGGAUAGGCCAAGUGAGCGAGGUUGUGCAGCACGGAGAUGUAUCUUGUGGCUCGGCCACGACAGGCCGGCUACAUCCAAAGCGGCCUGGCCAAAACGUGACUCUCACGAGGCGACGUGAGAUGCCGGAACAUCGGCCGGGCGAGACUUCUUAGGAUGGU